GUGGGUUUGAAACGGUCGGUGCGCGGGGCGGCGGGAGAGCGGCGGCGGCGGGAGCGAGCACCGGGCGCGGGAGCGAGCACCGGCCGGAGCGGCGGCGGCGGGAGCGAGCACCGGGAGCGGCGGCGCGCCGGCGGAUCUCGGUGUGUGGGUGGACGGGACCGGCGGCGUCGGUUGAAGAUGCGGCCGGAGGUUUACAGAUGGAACAUAAAACCAUUGGAGAAGCAAGAGGCCACUUGGCUCUUUGCGCCUGCUCCACCGUUCGUCCAGUCGUGAGUGAUGUGUUUCACUGUAACUGUGCAAAAUGUGUCUCACUACCUGCAAUACAGAAAGUUAAGAAAAGUACACCUGCCCUGACACUGCUCAGUCUUCCAGCUGACGUUUUGCUUUACGUUUUGGAAUGUCUCCCUGCUCAGGAUAUUUUGCGUUUCAGAGCGGUUAAUGGCGGAAUUCUUAAAGUUGCCACACAAGUUGACAGGGUGGUUAAGGAGACGUGUGGCAUGCUGGCCUUCAUUGAGUUCAAAAGCUGCAAGGUACACCCUCUCUUUAAAGCCCUUGUUGACAAUCACUCUAGUGUUUGGGCCCAUGCAAAUUUUCAGGAGAUUUGGCCGUCUCCAGUAAAUCGGUGGCUCUUUGAAAGGGCUGCAGAAAGUGGAAACUUUGAGGCUGCUGUAAAGCUUGGGAUAGCGUAUCUUUACAAUGAAGGGCUUUCAGUUUCUGAUGAAGGGCGUGCUGAAGUGAAUGGACUGAAGGCCUCCCAUUUCUUCAGUCUGGCUGAGAGUCUGAAUGUUGAUGCAAGCCCAUUUGUUUGGCUGUUCAUUAGACCACCGUGGUCUCUGACUGGCAGUUGCUGUAAGGCCGUUGUCUAUGAUAGUUUAAAGAACGAGUGCCAAUUACAAUCAGCUAAGGCGGCAUCGCUAACUUAUUGUUUGGCCAAAGUUCUGAGUCUCUUUGAGGAUGAAGAGAAGCAGAAGCAGGCUAUAUCAAUGUUCGAAGAAUCUUCUUGUCACGGGUGUUUGCCAAGUUCUUACCACUUGUGGGAGAGAAACCAUAAAGAAGCAGUGGCUGAUCCUGGGAGGUUCCUUCAGAGCCUGAGGAAAUUGCGUGAUUAUGCAACAAAAGGAUGCUGGGAAGCACAGUUGACAUUAGCCAAAGCCUGUGGAAGUGGCAGUCUGCUUGGACUGAAGUCUAAACCUAAAGAUCUUGUGGCCCAAAUUUUUCAGUCUUCCUGUCCAUCCUUCAAACAGAAAAUGUUCAAAGUACAAAAGGGCAUGAAUGACACAAUGAGGUACAUUUUAAUCGAUUGGCUCGUGGAAGUGACCAGCAUGAAGGACUUUUCCAGCUUGUGUCUGCACGUUACCGUGGCAAAUGUAGAUCGGUACCUGAUGCUGCGCUCUGUACCCAGGGGUAGACUCCAGUUGUUGGGGAUAGCCUGUAUGGUUAUCUGCACACGUUUUAUUAGUAAAGAGAUCCUCACAAUUCGCGAAGCAGUCUGGCUUACGGACAACACUUACAAGUACGAAGACCUAGUACGAAUGAUGGGAGAGAUCAUUUCUGCACUUCGAGGAAAAAUUAAAACACCUACCAUUCUGGAUUAUGCAGAAGUGCUGCUGGCAAUAUCUCCACUAGAAAGGCACACCGUCCAUCUAUUUAACUACAUCUGCGAGCUGUCACUGCUCUAUACAGACAUCUCUGUUUAUUCCCCCUCCAUGACAGCUGCUGCUGCUUUGCUAUUGGCUCGAGUGCUCCACAAGCAAGCCCUGCCAUGGUCCAGCCAGCUUACAGAAUCCACUGGAUUUACAUUAGAGAGUCUCAUUCCAUGUGUAAUAACCCUGCAUAAAAAAUGCUUCCAUAAUGAAGUGCCCAGGGAUUACAGGCAAGUCUCUCUGACUGCUGUAAAGCAAAGAUUUGAGGAUGAACGUCAUCAGCAAAUAAGCAAGGAAAAGGUGAUGGAUUACAAUGAGCUGUGUAGUCUUCUGGGAAUAAAAGAGGAAAGUGGACCUUCACCACCUUCUGUUCACACCGUUCCUGAGAUCCAGACCUUUUUGACAUCGCCUUCAGGCAACAAAACAAAACGACGAAGAGAAGAUAGUUUUCGAGAAGACAGAGGUAACUUUGUGGCAACUCCUAUUGUUGAAUUAUCUAAUCAUGAGGACACCUUCCUGGGCGACUUCGUGGAUCUGAGUUUAGACUUGUCCUGCACUGGGUAUGAAGGAGACCAGGAAAGUGAAGAGGAGAAACAUGUUGAUAUUACUGAUGCUGCUGGAGUUGAGGACGCAGCUGCGGCGAGUGGGAAUUGUGAAGCAACAGAUGAAGAGAGUGACGACAGCCUGCUGGAUGAUCAGCUGCUGCCUGGCUCACAGAGAUCUGCAGCACCAUGUGCCUUCCGAGAGCUGCAAGGGGAACUCAGCUCAGGCUACUCAUCUGUGACCAGUGAAAGCUCCUCCUCCUCAGACACCAGACAGCCGUUGCCAUCUACUUCAAGGCUGUCUCCCACAGUGGACCGCAUGAACCCAACACCUUCCUCCUUCAGCACAGAAAGCUGGCACCUGCUCCACGAAUCGGAACCCGAAGGGCACGGGAACUGGUCCCCGCCCUCUCGCAGGAGGCCUAUCAAACGCAAGAAUGGUGCAGAGCACAAUAAAGGUGACUCGAACUUGGGUUUGAGGGUCUAACAGAAAAUUGCCUCGAGCUUUGAAAACAAAUUGCUGUUCAAUUGGAAUGAAUUUGAUAUUGGUAACGUAAUUGGUUCUGUACAAUAUUGUAAGAUUUGAGUAAAAUCGAAACUAAGGGGGAAUGCACUGUGCUGAAUUGUAGUCCUAAAUGUUUUAAAAUGGCAACUUGAGCAGUCCUAGGGACUGGCAUUUUGUUUGUACUUGAUCAUCCCAUUGGUGACACUUUGGAAAUGGUGCUAAGGCUACUGUUUACAUCCCUGUAACAUUGGGAGCGUUACAUUUAAACACUUUUAUACUGAUCUCUACAUGGCUUCUUCUAGUUUUACGAGUUACAGCCCAACAUUAGACAAUUUAGGAUUGUAUAAUUUGGUACAAUGCGCACUUUUCUCAAAUGCCUAGUCAUAUCAAGGGUACUUGGGUAUUGGCCAAAAAGCCCAAUACACUGAACAAAUAAACUCUCAUUACACACCUCAUUUGGGGUGUUCUAUUUAGCUUUGGGGCUCUUUGGGCAAUGAUUUGGUUUCCAAAUUGAUGUGUACUUUAAUUUUCAAUGUAAAAUCUGCUUUUCCUUGGCUCCCUGCAUGAGGCUAGAACCUGCCCUGACCAAAGCCUUGUCGUGUCUGUCUGUCAAUGCUGUCGUUUCUGGAUUCAGGCACUGAAAUAGUAUGUUGUUUGUUGCCACUGCCUUUCAAAAGAAAUAGACGAUGUUAAGGAGACUCUUAAGAGUCUCACUAGCUGUUCAACACUAAAGUUCAUUGUCUUUGAUAUGAGACCACGUUUACAGCUGUUUGACAAAACCACUUCACCUCAUUUUAAAGGUGAUGACACUUCUAACUGGAUCAUAUUUCUCCACAGCACUGGGUCCAGCAGUAAAUGCAGAGAGUGGUCUGUUUGUACAGUGUCUAAUGUUUGGAAAUGGUCAAUUUAGUGUUUUUCUUGGCUGCAUUUUUGUCAGUGUGAGGAAAGUAUCCUUCCAUCUAUUUGUUGGGAAUCUGUGCACGCAGUCAUUGAACUCCAGUUACUUGAAAUUCACAUUAAAUGUGUACAGCUUGAUCAAAUGGAAGCCUACUGUGCAUUUGUGCUGAAGCUAUUGAUGGACAACAGUUAAAUAAUGCAAAUGAUCACUGCUAAAAUUGAAAUAUUGGCAAGCUGUGAAAAUGAAAGCUACAGUGCAACAAUGCGUUGUAGUAGAAAGUUAUUCAGGGAACAUGUCGCAAAAAAACGCAUAAUACUUGAUGGGCAGUUAGCCCGGGAAAAUGACCAAACUAAGUGUCUUUUAAACUUUUUGAUUAUGUUGACAACCAAGUACAUUUUUAUUUGAAAUGACUUUCAUUUCAUAGUUUGUUUUCAUUGUAAAUGAAAUUCAAUGUAUUUUUGUAAAAAAAAAAGAAAAUUAAGAUGACUGCUUUGUGAUCUCACCCUUUCAAAAUAAAGGGUCUGGGUCUGGAAAAUGUGUGUUGGCACUUUGGAGCUUCAACUGGUUCUGUGGGCAAAAUCUACAAUUAUUCCUGAGUUUUUGUUUAGUAAAAUAAAUUGAAUCAAUUCUGGUUCAUGCCCCACCUUGAGUUUAAUGUUUCCUGUUUGCCUCUGAACUUGGCUUUUAAAUGUCAACUCUAUUAACAAUCUGCCAGGUGCAGAAACUCCAGGCCCAGGAAUACCUGACUUGACACAAUUGCAGCUGUCAAAUCUGAGAAACUUUUGAUGCUGGGAAAAUAAUUCAAAUUCUUGAAUUUAAAACUUCUCUGGAACCACCGUUGCUUAACUCUAAAUAUCUCACCUUGAGCAUGUUAGCACUGUAUGUGAACGUCAUUGUUAUGUACUUUCUUUUGGCUAGCCUAUCUAUUUAAUAACUGUCAAAUGUAUACUUUCUUACAUGCAGUGUCAUAGUAAAGAUGUGUUCUUCAAAGUGGUUAA